GAACAGCAGCAUUGAGUGUCGCUCUCGGCUCUCGUUUUGUCACCAGUUGUGUUUGUGUGCUGAGAGGAAAGUGAUGGACCUGCUGCUGCUGCUGUGUGUGUUUCCGGUGGUUAAGAGCUACAGCUCGGGAGGAGUUACAGAAAGCUGUGAAGACAUGCACCCUCACCAUGGGACGAAGCCUCAGACGAGUCCAUCACCCUUCAGCAUCACCACAGACAACACCACCUACACACCGGGACAGGACGUCACAGUUCAGCUCUGGGCUCCAGAUUCCACAACGUUUUCUGGUUUCCUGCUCCAAGCUAGAGAAGUAGGGGGUCAGUCUGUGGCGGUGGGAAAAUAUUACACGAUCACAGAAGACGUUCAAGUCCUCACCUGCAGUAAAAGACCUAGUUCGGCCGUGUCCCACACAUCAGACUCUGCAAAGAGUUAUAUUGAGGUGACGUGGAGGCCAGAAGACUCUGAACACGUGAAAGCUGUUCAGUUCCAUGCGUCUUUUGUGCAAAAUUACACAACGUUUUGGGUCGAUGUUACGAGCCCUGCACUGAGCUUGGUUAAAGGCAGCGAUGAUGUGUCUCCAAGUCCUCUCACAACAACACAUGCUAGCAUCACCAGCGCAGAGUGUGGAGUCACCAAGACGUGCUUCAGUCAACCUCCACUGUGUGAUCCUGCAGUCGGCUCAGACUGUUAUUUCAUGUCAGCCAUGAUCCAGUCUCCCUCCGGAGCUUCCAUCCGCUAUGAGAUGACCGGUCCUUCUCAGGGAUACAUUUCUUUUGGAUUCUCAGAUGAUCAGAUGAUGGGAAAUGAUGACAUCUAUAUCUGUGGCCUCGGCAGCGACGGGCUGGUGCGGGUGCAACAUGCCUUCUCAUUUGGACGAAUGGCUCCACAAGUUCUUCCUCAGGACGGUAUCUCUGAUGUAAAAGCCUGGACUCAGGAUGGAGUGAUCAGCUGUUCCUUUACUUCCAUGAACACUAUUUCAACUCAGAGGACUUCAGGCUUCAACCAAACCUACUUUAUCUUAUUUGCACAUGGGCCCAGCAGCAAUGAUAAAAUCGAGUUCCACACAGGUACCUUCAUCAGCACUGAUAAGAUCGACAUCUCCAGCCCUCAGGUUGUCCAGAAAGCUGGACGGCCUCACAUCAUCAAAGCACAUGGAGCACUGAUGCUGAUAGCCUGGAUGACAACGGGAACUCUGGGAAUGUUGGUAGCUCGAUAUCUGAAAGCAGUGGCCACAGGACGGACGGUGUGCAGCAAAGACGUCUGGUUUGUGGUCCACGUUGCAGUGAUGAGUGUAACAGUAGCAGCCACAGUCAUUGCCUUCAUCCUGUCCUUCUCAUAUGUCCAGGGAUGGUCUGAGGGAGCUCAUCCUGUGUUGGGCUGCCUGGUUAUGAUCCUCACAUUCCUCCAGCCCAUCGUGGCUCUGCUGCGCUGUGGACCCCAGCAUCCGCUGCGGUUUCUGUUCAACUGGUCGCACGCUUUUAAUGCAGUGACAAUAAAAGCUUUAGCUGUGGCGGCCAUAUUCACAGGACUGAGGCUGAUUGACAGCACGAUGGACCGAUGGCUGGUGAAAGUGAUGGGAGGCUUUACUGGCUGGGAAGCUUUGCUCUAUGUGCUGCUGGAGGCCCAUUCAAAGUGGAAGGUUUACACCAAAGAUACCACUGGUAUAUCUCUGGAAUCAAAACCGAUAACAGCUGAUGUUCUGCUCAUGACUGUCUUCUUCCUGGGAAACCUCUGCUUCCUGAUUUCACUGCUGGUUGGAAUUUCGAUGUCAUGAUCUUACGAAGAGUCAAAUAAACCCUCAGUGCUUUAAU